AUGGAGGAGAGAAGGAACAAUAUUCCGGCGAGCAUUCAUGAUCCUUCCAAAAAUGGUGGAUCACGUUUUCUUGUUUUGGAAGGUGAUGAAACAGAUUUAAUUGUCGGAGAUACCAGUAUUAAUGGGGGAAAUUCUAAGGAAGUAAUAGCUGGAGACAAAGCUGUUAGUAUUAUUAAUAAUAGUGUUGGCAAGGAGACAUAUAGAGAGAAGGUUAGUAUGGUUAGUAGUAGUGACGUGGCGGAUAUGGUAGAGAACAAUGGGAAUACUCAAAAGCGUGAUUUGAUUAAUUCCUUGACAAAUUUGGGAUUAAAUGGGGAAACUUUGGGUAGGAGCAUUAAUGACAAAAGCAUAGCCAACAAAGCUGGAAAAGGUGGAAAGAAACAGGAGAAGAGUAUUAGGAGUAAACCGAAUGGGUUGGAGACACGUGGCAAAAUACAAAUGAAGGACAAAUCAGGGGGCAUUAGUAAGUCUGGAGUGGAAGACACGUUGGUAAGUUAUGAACCAGGAGUUGCAAAAGUGGUUGAACAAUAUGACACCUUUAAUUUGAUUCGGAGAGAGAAAAAAGGGGAAGUGGGAGAGAGAAAAAUGUGGAAGGUAAAUAAUGUUGAUACAAGUGGCAGCCAGGAAUUGGGCAAAAGCCAUGCAAAUGAACUACCCAAUAUUGAAAUAGAUAUACCACCAGAUAGUAACCAUCAGCUCCAAAGAAAAGAAGCUUUUCUCUAUGGAGGUUCUUCUGGUAGCGAAAUGGUGUUAGGAAAUGAAUUGGAGGAGGAUGACUUGAUAGUAGAAGUGUGGAAUUGUAGAGGAGCUGCGAAUGUAUCUUUUUAUCGGUACUGCAAGAAUUAUGUUGAUAGUGUUAAGCCAGUUAUGAUGGUUAUUGUCGAGACUAGAUGUGAACCAGGGAAGUUAAGCAGUGCUAUUAGGAGGCUUGGAUUUGACUCUAUGGAGAUUGUGGAGAAUAAUGAUUUUUCUGGUGGAAUUCUUAUGGCUUGGAAAUCAAACUUAUUAACAGUACAAGUUUGUAAGAAAGCUGACGUUUUGAUUCAUUCUAAUAUUAAAAUGAAUAAUGCCCCUGAGUGGUCCUUCACAGCUAUAUAUGCAAGACCAAAUGAUAUCAGUAAAAAGCAGCUUUGGGAAGAAUUACAGAAGUUGGCAAUUGAUAUGAAGAAGGCUUGGAUGGUUGCUGGAGACUUCAAUGAUAUUAUGUCCAUUGGAGAUAAGAAGGGUGGUGCUCCGGUGACAAUUAAUAGAUGCCAAAAGAUGCGGGAUAGGAUGGGUAGUUGUAUGCUGAGUAAUUUGGAGAGUAAAGGACCAAGGUUUAUGUGGAGAGGUCCUAUCUAUCAUGGAGGUCAACGAAUUUAUGAGAAGUUAGAUAGAGCCAUUGUUAAUGAUGACUGGAAAUUGCAGUUUCCGGAUUCUUAUGAGAAGGUGUUGACUAGGGUGGAAUUUUCGGACCAUCAUCCUAUCCAGAUUGAGCUUCACGAGGAGAAUCAUCAGUAUUCAAAGAAGCCGUUUUGUUUUGAAAAUGCCUGGUUGUUAAAUGAUUCCUACCCAAGUAUGCUGCAUGAGACUUGGAAAAAGGAUCAUUCUUUGUUAAGCAAUCUUAAUAAUGUUGUAGCGGGUAUCGAGAGUUGGAAGUUUAAUACAUUUGAUGUGGUUAGAAGAGAGAAAAAGGUCCUUAUCAGGAGACUAGACGGUGUGCAGAGGAAGCUGCAACAAUAUGAUAAUAUAGGAGGCAUGAGGAGGUUAGAAGUUCAACUGCAACAUGAGUUAAGUUACAUUCUGAACCAGGAGGAGUUGAUGUGGUUCCAGAGAUCUAGAUCCAUGUGGUUGUCCGACGGUGAUAGGAACACGAAAUAUUAUCACAUGAGAACUAUUGGCAGGCGAAAGAGGAACAAGAUUAUGAUGUUGAAAGAUGAGAAUGGCGCUACGGAGGUAGGAUUUCAUAAACUGGAGGAUGCUAGAAUUAGAGUCUUGGAAAAAGAUAUUAGUGUGGAAGAGGUUCACAAGGCUCUUUUCUCUAUGAAACCCUGGAAAGCCCCUGGGCCGGAUGGGUUUUCUACAGGGUUCUAUCAAAAAGCAUGGAAAACUGUUGGAGAGGAUAUGGUUGAUUUUGUGAAGAAAGUUUGGAGUAAUCCAAGUAUGAUAGCGGAUGUUAACAAGACUGAUGUUUGUUUAAUUCCGAAAUUGGAGCAACCCAUGAGUGUUAUUCACUUCAGGCCUAUUUCGUUGUGCAACACGAUCUAUAAAGUUAUAAGCAAGCGAGGAGUGUGUCAAGGGGAUCCUAUGUCGCCUUAUCUUUUUGUGUUGUGUAUGGAUAAAUUGUCACACCUUAUAGAAGAUGCUGUAACAAAGAAGAAGUGGAAAGCUUUCCAAGUUGGCAAGGAUGGAGUUAAUAUCUCGCACCUAAUGUUUGCGGACGAUUUACUCAUUUUUGGCGAAGCUUCGGAGAAGCAAGUGAGCUGUAUGAUGGAAAUUCUAAAGAAAUUUUGUAGUAUGUCAGGGCAAGACAUCAGUAAAGAGAAAUCUAGCAUUCUCUUUUCCAGGAAUGUGGCAAGGUCCGUUAGAAGUAGAUUGAUGAGCCUAUCGGGUCUUCGAGAAACAGGAGGCUUUGAUAAAUAUUUGGGGGUCCCGCUUACUAGGAAGGCUUUAAAGAUGACCGAUUUUUCUUAUAUCAUUGAUCAAUUAGCUUUGAAGCUUUCUGCUUGGAAGGCAAGGCAUUUUUCCUUUGCGGGGAGGCUUGCGCUUACGAAGAGUGUAAUGGAAGCUGUUCCAGUAUACCCUAUGAUGACUAAUCUUCUUCCAAAAGCCUGUAUUAAUAACAUUCAGAAACUUCAAAGGAAUUUCAUUUGGGGAGAUUUGGAUAGCAAGAGGAAGUACCAUGCAGUGGGAUGGGAUAAAUUGACCACGGCUAAGUGUGAGGGGGGGCUAGGGUUACGUGACCUUAAUCUCAUGAAUCAGGUUUGUAUGAUGAAGUUGGGGAGUAAAAUUCUCAAUGGUUUUUUUUUUUUUAGUAAACAAGAUAAUAUAAACCGGCGAACUAAGGGUUCACCAACCUGUUUACAAAAGGGGGGCACAAGCCAGAAAAGGAAAAAAAUACAAACCAAUUGA